UUUGGGGGUGAGUGGGUGCUUUUUGUUUGAUUUUUUUUUCAUCCCAGUAAAAAGUGAUCAAUUGAAAAAAGUUGUAUGAAGACAAUGCACUCGACUAUUAAGCUGGAUAGCGUGAAUAGAAGGGCAGUGAAUAAUCUGGGGUCUCUUGAAGCCAGUGCCAUAUAAAAGCUCGUGGUAUACAGUCGAAAGGAGACACUCACUAACGGGAAACAGUUCGUUGAUCACCUGCACAAUAUUCCAACAAUAAACGAAAAAUCUAUCCAGUGAUAAUAAAUAUCGAAACAAAUAAUCACUGUCUCUCCAUUUGCCCCACAUAUCGUGUGUCGACUUGAAACAAGUACGAGUGAUUGCCAGUGAUUAAUCCAGUGAUUAAUCCAGUGAUUAAUCCAGGAAUUGGCCCGGGAAUCACCUCAGGAAUUUCUCCAGGAAUUUAUCCAGAAAUUGUACUAGAGAAUUGAAAAUAAUCCGGAGAUUCUCAGUGUGAAGUCGUGAUUUGAGUGGAUUUCAGGCGUCAGAUUCAGCGAUGGGUUCACUGCAGCAGCACUCGAUUCUAAAAGGUGACAAUAUAAAUUGGAAGGACAAAGACAAUAUAAUCCACAGAAUUUUCGAGAAAACAGUUAAGAAUUGUGGAGGCCAGGCAGCAAUAAUCCACGAAGAUGAAAACGGUGGAAAUUACUCUUUUUCCUACGACGAGCUGGAGUCAUCUGCGAACAGAUUGGCAAGAAAUCUGAGAAAAUUAUGCAAGCCUUCUGCCAAGGCAGAUUCCAUCGUGGCUGUAUCCAUGAUCCCCAGCCACAACCUGCCGAUUAUUCUCCUCUCAAUUCUCAAAUCUGGAAUGGCUUAUCUGCCACUUGAUGUGGACUAUCCCGAAUCCAGAGUUAAACAUAUUCUUGGAGAAUCGGAACCGCUCAUGGUCAUCAUUGACGGAGGUAACAAAUCAAUUUACGAGGGAACACUCACGUUGACGUUCAACGAAUUGUGGGAAGAGUCAGCUGACGAGUCUGAUGAACCCCUGGACCACGAGGAAGAUCCUGAGCAGCUGGCUAUUGUACUCUACACGUCUGGUAGCACUGGAGUACCGAAGGGAGUCAGAUUGCCACAUGCCACUCUGGUGAAUCGCCUCCUCUGGCAGUGGAGGGAAUUGCCUUUCAGGGACGACGAGCAGAUAUGCAUUUUCAAAACUGCCCUUACCUUCGUUGACAGUGGACCAGAGAUCUGGGGACCUCUUCUUCAAGGGAGAACAAUCGUUGUUGUCCCGAAACAGGUCACCAAGGAUCCCGAGAGGUUCAUUGAUACUCUGGAGAAGCACAACAUCCAGAGGCUUGUACUGGUGCCGUCACUUCUCCAGUCGAUCCUCAUGUACCUGGACAUUCGUAAUGACACAGAAACCCUGAAAUCACUACGACUUUGGAUCUGCUCCGGUGAGACUCUCUCCCAGUCUUUGGCCCAUCAAUUCUUCACUAGAUUCUCAGCGUUCAAUCAUACCCUUGCCAAUUUCUACGGUAGCACGGAGGUCAUGGGUGAUGUCACUUAUCAUCUGCUGAAUGAAACGAGCCAAUUGAAAGAUAUCCAGAAAGUUCCAAUUGGACGACCCCUGGACAACUGCAUUAUUUAUUUAGUUAAUGAAGACCUUCGCCUGGUGGCACACGGCGACGUCGGUGAGGUCGUCGUUGCUGGAAGAAAUUUAGCUGCUGGCUACAUCCGGGGUAGAGAUCCCCACAAAUUCGUCAGCAAUCCCCACGCCAUUGAUCCAGAAUACUCGAUAAUAUAUCGAACCGGUGAUUACGCGAGAAUCGUGAAAGGAAUUCUUAUCUACGAAGGACGAACUGAUUCACAAGUCAAGAUCCGAGGACAUCGGGUUGAUCUUGCGGAAGUGGAAAAAUCCGUUGGAGGAAUUCCCACUGUGGAUAAGGCCGUCGUACUGUGUUACAAGCCUGGGGAAUUAGCUCAGGCUCUACUUGCAUUCGUAACGGUAAAGACUGGAGCUUCUGACUCAGGCUUGGAGAUUGAAAACCACUUGCGGAGUGCAUUACCUUCGUACAUGAUUCCUCAAGUCAUUGUUAUUGAAAAAAUACCGCUACUUAUCAAUGGAAAGACAGAUAGACAGGCAUUGCUCGCUAUGUACGAAACAUCGAGUUGUAAUCGAGAUGCUGGAAAAAUCAACUGCGACUACACAGGAGUCCCCGAGAAUCUCCUGGCCAAGGCGCAGAUUCUUUUUUCCACCGUUGCAUCUGUUAUCGGAACAAGUGGACGAUUUGCUGUUGAUAUAAACGCCAAUUUUUAUGAACUCGGUGGAAAUUCAUUGAAUUCCAUUUACACCGUCACUAAACUCCGUGAGCAGGGAUUUGAAGUGGGAAUCACGGAUUUCCUGAAAGCAAAAAAUAUGAUGGAGAUACUGGAGAAGAUGAGUCAGUCGGGUGGGAAAAAUGUAAAGAAUGAACCGGAGAAAUCUAAAUUUAUCAUUGAAGUGUUGGAUCACUCGCACAGAGCCGACGUCACACACAUUUUAACCGAGAGCUUCUACUUGAAAGCCGACCUCGAGAGAUGGCUAGCGCCAGACGUUUUGAGAAGUGAUUACCACGAGCUGAUGGCAGCCCUUUGGCAUCCCCUCGUGGAGAAGGGAUUGAGUUUCGUGGUGAAGUCAUUGGACGACGCAAAAACGAUGCUGGGUGUUGCCCUGAGCUUCGAUGCCUACGACGAGCCUGACUGCGUCAUCACAUCGAAACUCGCGAUUGUCUUUGAAUUUCUGGAGCACCUGGAGGCACCCCUCAGAGAAACUAAACUGCCAGUUGGAAAGGGAAAAAUCCUCCACUGCUACAUGAUGGCCACAAAUACUGACCUCAGUCCAGCUGACAACGUCAUCAUCAUGAGUGAGAUGGAGAGGGAACUCCUGGAGCUGGCAACUGAUAAAGGAUACCUUGGCAUUUUCACCACCAACACUAGUCCUCUCACACAGCAACUUGAUGUUGAUGUUUAUGGAUACGAAGUCCUCCUGGAUUACCAGGUGAAUCAGUAUGUCGCACCUGAUGGUACGAAACCGUUUGGACAGGCACCAGACGAUCAGAGAGCUGUCUGCUGUUGGAAGACAAUUAGUCCACACCCCUGAAUUCGCAGAACGAUAUCUCUGUAAAUAGUUUUGUAAAUAUUCGUUCAAGCCCGUUGCACAAUUUUUUUUUUCAGUCCCUGGGCCCCUCUUCAGGCGCCAGAAAUCAUGACGUAAUUCUCCACGUUGAGAAUUAAUCUAGUUUAGUCAUAUUUCAUUUAUUCUGACGUUCCACUUAUUCAUUACGAGAUAUAGAGUAAUUAUUAUUCAUAAAUGACGUUGACUCGGUGAUUUAUAAUUAGAAUCCCCGCGAAAUAUUUCUUGGAUUAAUCGUUCACUUCGAGGACAAUUCGCCGAGAAUAACUUUGCAUUCAUUUUAUUACGAUAAAUUAUCCAAUUUUCACAAAAUAUAUAUCAAGGCACAUAAAUAAUUGUUUCACUAUUGAAGUUUAGCAGCAGCACAUUAAAUACCUCAGGAGUUCUCUCGUUGAAUAAACGAGAUUAAAUAUUAAA